CAUGAUCCUUCGCCCCGUGCAUGGCGUCAUAAAUGAUCGCUAUUAGUGAAGAUCCUAAUUAUCAGUUAAAAGUGGUCAAAGGAAGAGUCAAAACGAAAUUGAGUUUGUCUCUUAGCGGUGUGCUUCGCCCACGUGCGCAGCGCACGAGAAAUGAGGGGUUCUUUCUUUUUAGACUUCUUUCCAAGAAUUUUUCGCACUCAAUCUCAUUUACACUACGACUGUCGCAAUGAACGUCUUCCAAGAACAGCGAGGAAUGAUCUCUCUUUUCGCCUCCGAAGGCCAAAGAGAGGGAGCCAUUAUUGCCGUCAUCCUCGAGGAACUCAAACUCCCCUAUCGCCUUCAUCUGGUCGAAAAACCAGAAGAUAUUGAUGCGAAAAGUCUCCCGGUGCUCAGGAACAUUCAAAGCGACGGCGAGUCCGUCGAUCGUUCCGGGUUCCACGAGGUUGUGUCGUACCUGAUUGCGCGCUAUGACACAGCUCAUGAAGUGUCUUAUAAGAAGGGCUCCAAGGAGGAUGAUGAGGUCAACAAAUUCGUUGCAUCCUUAACUGAGCCCAAUGCAGCCCAUCCAGAAGAGCACCGCUUCGAUCUCGAUGCAAAGGAUGGCAUCCCCUUCGCCAGAAAGGCUAUCAGUCUGUAUCUUCACCUCGAGCAGCAUCUGCAGAAGUCGCACAGUAACUACCUGGUGGGCAAGAAAUGCACCCUUGCGGAUCUCCUCCACCUCCCCUACGUGGCUGCCGCAGGCUCAGCUGGUCUCGACCUUGAGAGGUUCCCGGAGCUGACAAUAUGGUACGAUCGGGUUUAUCAGCGUCCGGCAGUGCAGAAAGGCUUCAAUGCUGUUCAUCUAAAGAUCCGCGGAUAGAAUAGCCCUUCUAUCACCAAUUGACUACGCCAUUGGUCAGGACAGCUGACAGAGAUUGAAGCGAUGUGUGAUGGACUUGUCGCUCCUUUAAUUCCUUAAUUGUAUCCACUGUUCACGUUUCCUGUAUAGAGUAGUGUAUGUUAUAGAUAUCUACUGGGUUGUUAUAGAUCAGCGAUUUGUACAUUCCAUCGGCUCCAAUUCUAGACCACUGAUCAUUUCCGUCAACGAAAACAAAUUGCUCGGCAAGUCAA